AUGACUGUAUUUCAAAUAUCAUCAAAAGAUCUUCAUAGUUCAUUCCUAGAAACAAGUUCACGAUGGUUAUCAAGUCAAUUUCACAAACGGAAAUCACAUUUAAAUCUUACCAAUAAAUUAACUUAUUUACUUUUAUUAUUGAUGUUUUUCAAUAUUGUUAAUUUCCAAAUACUGCAUUUCUCAAUACAAUUAGAAGAUAUAGAUGUUGUAAAUCUAUUAGCUAAACCUCCUCCUCAAUUUAAUAAUAAUUUCACAAUUCCUCGAAAAUUAGAAAGCAUAUUCCAUGGAGUCUAUUUAAGAAAUGAACAAGAAUAUUUAAGAGCAAUUAAUCAGUCUACUAUAAUUACUAAACCUUCCAUACAUUGGAGUGAUAAGACUAUUGAAUUGAGUUUGAAAGAAUAUGUAUACAAAGAUUAUAAUUCAGCUACGAAUGAUCCAAUUGAAGUUCAUACUUCAAUAGUUGAAAAACAUCCAAAUUCAGAUUUAUUCUUAUUAUUACUGGAAACUAAAUCCAAAUUAGUUCAUGAUUUCUUAUCUACCGUCCUAGAAUGUCUUUAUCGAGAUUCAAAUACAACUCCAAGAAUGAUUCAAAUGAUUUCUGAUAGUAUCAUAAUUUCAAUUGUUGGAAGAUAUGGAUAUUUAUUCAACUCGAGUACAUUGUUUAUUCUAUAUAUUGGUUUGUUAUGCUUUAAGAAAAGAUUACCAUUACAUUAUGUCAACCUAAUAUUCCUUCUAAUAUCUAAUGCCAUAAAUAUAGGAUUUGUCGUUUCAUUGUUAGUCGUCAGAAUCAAUGUUCGAAACAAGAAAAGAGAGAAUAAUGAUGCAUUUAUAUUUGCAUUAAUUGCAUUUGAGAUUUCUUGUCAUUUGAUCUAUAUGUUUAAAUUCUUCAUUGAUCAUAGAUUGAUAUUACAACUUGAUGAUCCAAUCAUUCUGCCACCACGUCAAAAUGCGGAUACUUAUUCAACUCUGUCGUCGGUAUAUCCUGAUAUUACCAGUCGGACUGCAGAUAUUACCCUUCAAGAAUUGACAAGUCUAAGUCAGGAAGCCAAGAGUGCUGGUGAAGUUAAGAGCAUUGAACAACUGAUUCUCCCCCCUCCUUCAAUUAGAAAAAUACCAUAUACAACACAGUCGGGGAUAAGAAGUAGUCAUAGCCAAAAGGAUGACAAAGCUAAAGGGGCAUCUAAUGAUUAUGAAUCGACCCCAAGACGGUGCACAACAGCCCCUAUACUCUAUAGAAACUCAGGGCUGCUGCUGCUGGGAAGGUUACUGGGAAGGUUUAUUCCAAAACAACCAAUGACUGGGAAUGACUUUUCGUUUAUAGUUAAAGAUAAUGAUAGUAUAUAA